UAUCGAUAGUAUCGUCGAUAUUUUUCCACCUCUUCUAGUAUUGAUAACACCACAGUAUACGAUAACACGGAUAAGAAAAUGUAUGGAAAAUGACCACUCUACCAAAACUUAUGCGCCUGGGAGUGAUUCAGCUGAAGGUUGGCAAGGACAAAAUUUCAAAUGUUGAAAAUGCCGUAGCGAAGAUUGGGCAAGUGGUCCACGAAUAUAAACCUCGUCUGGUGACUUUGCCCGAAUGCUUCAAUUGUCCCUAUGGUACGAAAUACUUUAGAGAGUAUUCCGAAACGAUACCCGGCGGUUAUACCUCGCAACAGUUAUCUGCCGCCGCAAAAUCUUAUGGCAUUUACAUAGUUGGUGGCUCUAUUCCGGAAAUGGGUGAAAAAGAUGAUAUUUACAAUACCUGCACUGUAUGGGACCCUAGUGGAAAUUUGAUUGCAAAAUAUCGUAAAAUGCACCUCUUCGAUAUUGACGUUAAAGGGGGAAUAUGCUUUAAGGAAUCCGAGACUCUAACUGCUGGUUCAAAUUUUACUGUGAUAGAAGUAGAUGGUCAUAAAAUUGGUAUUGGCAUAUGUUACGAUAUGAGAUUUGAAGAACUGGCAAGAGUAUACCGCAACAAAGGUUGCGAGAUGAUUAUCUACCCUGGUGCAUUUAACAUGACGACUGGACCCUUACAUUGGGAAUUGUUGCAACGCUCACGUGCAAACGAUAAUCAGUUAUAUGUUGUAACCAAUUCACCUGCUCGUGAUAAGGACGCUGAAUACAUAGCUUGGGGCUAUUCAAUGGUGGUGGAUCCAUGGGCAAAAGUUCUAAAAAGCGCUUCUGAUGGCGAAGAUGUAAUUUCUAUAGAUAUUGAUUUCUCAGUUGUAGAACAAGUUCGUGCCCAAAUUCCUACUUUCAGACAACGUCGAUUGGAUCUAUAUAAAACGGAAAUUGUGAAUCAGGAUUAGUAACUAAUUCUUGUGCGUUUUUAAGACGGAUGCACAUAUCAUCAUUUGACGUCUUCGAAAAUGGCUGCAUUUCUUUAUUUAUUCUGAACGUUUGGAAUAAACUUUUUUGUUUACUUAUUGUUUAGAACGUUCCUGAUAUGUUAACGUGUAUUUCAAACACAUUCUGUUUAUUCUGGCUGUGAAAAGGGAUUCUAGAAUGUAUAAAGAAACGCAACGCAACCAAUGUU